GCGGGCGGAUAGCGCCCUGACCUCUGUCGAUGUCAACAGUUGUGCAACCUCGCAACGGUAUUUCGCGAGAGGAAGGCAAUCAAUAUGUGCCGUUCGUUGCUAUCAAGGACAUGGUUCCAGUUGAGGUUUCGUACGACUGUGUUUUGGGGAUCCAAGCCGUGAUCUGUUGAUAGAGUUGGUAUACGAUGUCGUCCAACUACAGCCCCCAUUGUUUUCAACCUCCACUUUCUUCUUAAUAAUGUCAGAUCCUCAGAUUCGGUCCGAAGGACCCCGAAGGAUGAAUUUAACUUUACCAUGAAAGGCAGGAAGGGAUGCGGAGGACCUUGGCGGCCAUCCGUUGCGUGGCUCGUUAAAACGCAGCUCUACCCGGCUCUAUUUCCGUCCGGACCUGUCCUCCUCCUCUUCGUCAACAGCAACGACAGCAACAACAGCGGCAAUGGGCAAGAUUCCGGAGUUAGCAAGUUACCCACGACAGCCGGCGCGUGGAAAACCACGCGGCUGGCUCAUGACGGGAGCCGCUCUUUCGGCGUUGGUCCUGCUCGCCACCUUCCCUCAGCUGACCCCAGCCCAGAGCCUCAACUCGGCUUCCAGCGCAGUCAAACGUUUCGUCCUUAACAGCAGAGAGUCGGGAGACAAGGACUCUCCGUACGGCAAAUUCCCGCUGGCCGAUGACCCAUUCCACUUCUUGCCUUGCACCCCAGCCACUCUGCCACCACCAUUGGAGGACAGCAACGCCGAGCAAACCUGGGCUUCUCGGUUCGACCCCAAUCCUGCCCACUGGAGCUGGGGUCCCGCCCAAGAGCGAGAGAAUGGCACCGCGGGAGGGGACCCAUAUGCCGGGCGUGGGAUCUUCCUGUGCGGUUACCUGGAAGUCCCGCUGGAUUACACCAACGAGACAGAGAGUCGAAUCGUUCGCCUUGCCGUGACCAAAUUCCAGGUCUCGGGUCUGGCACGCGUGGGCGAGCCGGCCACCUCGUCGGCCGGCAAGAAGACGGAGAGGACGAUCGUCAUCGAACCCGGCGGACCCGGCGGAAGCGGGACCUCUUACGCGUGGACCGCGGCCCCGAACGUCACGGCCCGGUUCAGCGACAGCAAGUUCGAUGUCCUGGGCUGGGACCCGCGCGGAGUGAACGCCUCGCUCCCCGCUGUCGCCUGUUUUCCCCAGGACGCUACCCGGGACCGUUGGAGCCUCCUCACGGCGGUUCACUAUGCGGUAUCCGGUUCUCCUAGGGGCCAGCUCGAGACCGUUGACGCUUUUAACGCCGCCAUGAUGCGCUCCUGCUGGGAACAGCUCGGCGAUAUUCCCCGCUUCCUCGGCACCGGGAUGGUGGCCCGGGACCUGGAGCAGAUCCGGAUAGCGCUCGGAGAGGACGAGUUGACGGGGUAUCUGGUCAGCUACGGCACGGGCAUCGGGCAGACGUAUGCCUCGAUGUUUCCGGACAGUGUCGGCCGUUUGAUCCUCGACGGCACCGAGUAUGUCCGAGAUCAUCGCCUGCGGGGUGGGUUCGGGUGGACUGCGCUGGACAAUACCACGGACGCCUGGCACGACGGGUUCCUGGGCGAGUGCGUCAAUGCCGGGCCCGAGUACUGCGCGCUUGCGAAGCCGAAGGAGGGCAAACCCGUCACCCUGCCGACCCUUGAAGCGCGCAUGGACGCUCUGAUGGCGUCCCUCGCUGACCGCCCGAUCCCGGCAUACCUCCCGACCACUGGGCCUUCGCUGGUGACAUACUCUUCCAUGGUCAACAGCAUUUACGGGGCGCUGUAUAACGCUCAAAGCUGGCCUGCGAUGGCCCAGGUUUUGUACGAGCUGGAGGACGGCAACGCGACGCUCGCGGUAGCGGCCGUCGAGAGUGGGUGGUGGUUUUACGACCCGGCGACGGCAUGUUCGCCCACCCCCGUCCAGCCCUCAGACCAGGAGCUGGGCUACCUCGUCAUCUGCGCGGACGCGUACGACGCCCCCGGCCCCGACGACCUGGACUGGUGGCUGUCGCUGUGGGGGAACAUGACGGCGCAGUCCUGGGUGGCGGGCAACUCGCGGUUCUACGUCACGCUCCCCUGCCGCCACUUCUCGCAGUACUGGCCCGAGCCGGUCGGCGUGUACCGCGGCGACCUGAACCACACGCUCAGCAACCCGGUGCUGCUCAUCGCCGAGACGUACGACCCGGCCACCCCGCUCCGCAACGGCCGCCGGCUGCUGCAGGAGAUGGGCGAGAACGCGCGGCUGAUCGCCCACCACGGUUAUGGCCACUCGUCGAGGGAUACCUCUAGCUGUACCGAUGGGAUUGCAAAGGCGUACAUGCUUAACGGCACUUUGCCUGAGGAGCAGGAAACUGCUUGCUAUGCCGAUGAGAAGCCGUAUUUGUAUGGUGUCAAGCAGGAUGCGGGCACCCUGGCACGGAGAGGGAUUGAGGAUCCUCUCGGAGCCUGGAAGGAGCAUCUGGCAGAGCUAUCCUUUAUGGACCCGAGGCUGUGAUGAGCGCCGCGUGGUUACUAUUGCAUCGAUGUUGGUCGCUGGCGUAGGCCGAAUCUGUGUUAAAUGGCAGAGGUUUGAAAUCGUACCCCGAGGUUUUGUACAGAAAUGUAUCGGGGAACUGGUUUAAAACAACUUUAAACUCCUCAUUUAUGAACGAGUGCAAGAGCUUGAUUUACGUACUGUGUAAAGC